AUGGGUCGAAAGUCAGACUCGAGAAUUGAAAUUCCUCGAGGUGGCACCGAUAUGCUGUUAAGCUCGCUGCUGGCGCUGGCGCUGGCUCUGGUGAUCACAUUAACCGAAUCAGGCGAUCCCAAAUCGGAAGACCUGGAAGUGCUCCAGGAGAAGAUGGCGUUGGCUUUGGAUACUCACCAAAAAACAUCGCCAAUGAGAAGGUGUAGGUCUCAGGGCACAGAGGAGUUUCUAGGAGAAGUGAAAAGAUUCAAGCAAGAAGAAAGUGGGCCAUCUAUUGAGGCAGAGAGGGAACAGGCGGUUCGUGGCAGGUCCAAGGAACGAGAGAAAGUGGGAUUUGAAGAGACUAAUCCCGAGGAAAUUUCAUUAAUGGGUUUUGGAGGUGUAGCAUUCUUGAAGAGCAAGAAUACGCAGAGGAAACGUGUGGGUGUAGAUGAGGCUCGUCCCCAGAUGUCUCAGGUGCUGCGGAUCUCGCUGCUACAAGCACCAAAGAGGCGUUAG